CCUUUCCUACGGUUGUCGUCCUUGACCCCGGACCCACGCAAGGCCUUCAACAACCUCGAAAGCCUGAUUUUCGGCAAAGGGUUCCAGGCAAAGGUCUUUCCUGAAAUUAUUUCCUGUCUCCUCCUGGCCCUGUUUGCAUCAGGACUGAUUCACCGAGUGUGUGUCACUACUUGUUUGAUCUUCUCCCUGGUCGCCCUCUACUACAUCCAGAAGAUCUCCUCCACCCUCUACCAAAUGGCCACCCCCGUCUCCGUGCCCGCCAAGACGGUCAGCAAGAGCCGGAAGAGGAAUUGACGAUGGGACAUUCGCCCCCUCGCCCUCCAAAGGGGCAGGAAUACGCCCUGGAUAAAAUUCAAUAAACCUUUUCUUUCUUUUUUUUUUUAUAGCGAAAACAG